AUGGUUUCGAAGGCUGAUGGGGGUUGGCGCCCCUGUGGUGAUUUUUGUUGCCUGAACAAUGCCACUGCCCCUGACCGUUACCCGGUGCCGCACAUACAAGAUUUCUCCGCCCACCUGGCGGGCACCACCAUUUUCUCCAAGGUGGACCUGGUGCGCGGUUACCACCAGUGCCUGAUGGACAAUGUACUGCGGAACCUGCCGUUUUUGUUCGUUUACCUGGACGACAUCCUGGUAGCCAGCGCGUCAGCGGAGGUCCACCUUACGCACCUCCGUUUACUGUUUGAGCGUCUUAAAGAGCACGGCCUCAUCAUCAUUCCAGCCAAGUGUGAAUUUGGCCGGUCGUCCAUCACCUUCCUCGGCCACCACGUCACUCCGCAGGGGGUGGUGCCACUCCCCGCGAAGGUGAAAGCGAUCAUUGAUUUCCCGCGCCCCAACACCAUGAAGCCCCUGCAGGAGUUCUUGGGGAUGGUAAAUUUUUACAACCGGCAUAUCCCCCGCGGUGCUCACCUCAUGCGGUUGCUGGGCGACAGUUCACGGCCACAGUUCGUUGACCCCAAGCCGCUGACAUUUGCCAUGGCCAAGUCGACAGAGCCGUGGUCGGGUCGGCAACGACGUCAACUCUCUGCGAUCUCGGAGUACACCACCGACAUUCAACACGUGGCGGGGAAGGACAAUGUGGUCGCGGACUGCCUUUCUAGGGCAGUGGCAGGGUCUGUCCACUUGGGCCUGAACUAUGCAGAGAUGGCAGCGGACCAAGUUGCGGACCCCGAGGUCCAAAGUUACCGGACAGCCGCCACAGCUCUCCGUGUGCAAGAGGUUGUGUUUGAUGCUGCCAACGCUAUGCUGCUCUGCAACGUCUCAAUGGGCAAACCUCGUCCUCUGGUGCCUGCAGCCUGGAGGCGCAGGGUUUUCAACACCAUCCACGGCCUUUCUCACCCGGGGGUGAAAGCCUCUGCCAAGCUAGUGGGGGUCAAGUUAAUGUGGCCUGGUCUUCGCAAAGACGUCAGCCGCAUGCGCAUGACGAUCAAGCCCAUGUUGGGAAUCGAAUACGGUUGGUGUUUCGCGAAAAUAAACUACUGCUUCAACAUCAAAUAA